UUUUUUUUUUUUGUUCAUUAUUCUUUCAAGUCUUCCUCCAAAGAAAUAAAAACUAAUCAAUAUGAACAUUUCAGUUCCUAUUGGUACAGAGGUUGACUCUGUUUCUUUCUCUUUUUAUGAGCCUAGCGAAAUUAGAAAGAUUUCUGUUAAGCAGAUUGUGAAUCCUGUCCUUUUUGAUGCAUUAGGUCAUCCUACUAAGGGUGGUUUAUAUGAUCCAGCACUUGGUCCUUACCAAAAAACUCAAAUUUGUGCCACUUGUUCUCAAGAUCAUUUCAACUGUCCCGGUCAUUAUGGUCACAUUGAAAUUCCCAUUCCUGCUUACAAUCCCAUGUUCUUUGAUAAUCUUUAUGCACUUCUUCGUGCUAAAUGUGUAUAUUGUCAUCACUUUCGUAUUUCUAGACCAGUGAUGAAAAAAUAUAUUGGUCAAUUUAAAUUAUUACAACAUGGUAUGGUUCAAGAAGCUCAAGCUUUAGAUGAAGUAUUGUACAACAAUAAAAAGUCUAAGAACAAUAAAGACGAGGAUAAUCUUGAGGAUAAGAUGGAAGAAGAUAGUCUUUUAUUAGCAAAUGCUGAAGAAUAUAUCGAUUUUAUUGACAAUUAUGUUAAGAAUGCUUUGAACAAUGAGGAGUCCCGUAAAUUUGCGGCAAAGGACUAUAAAGUUACAGUUAUCAAUGAUGUUCGUAAAAAACUUAUGGGUGAAUUCAUGAAACAGUGUGUUUAUGUCAAGAAAUGUCUUAACUGUCAAGGUAUUUCCCCUCCUAUUCGCCGUGAUGGUGCAGCUAAAAUUUUUCAGCUUCAGCUCAAUAAAAAAGAACAAGCUCAUAUGGACCGUUUAAAGAGUAAUAUUGGUAUGACAGAUGAAGUUACGGGUUUUAAUAAAAAUGGUCAGCGUUUUAUGACUCCUUAUGAAGUCCGUAAGGAAGUUCAGGCCUUAUUUGAUAAAGAAGGCGAAAUUACUACUUUAUUGUACGGUUCACGUAAUCCUCGUGUUCCUUCUCAUAUCAAAAAAGCUACUUAUCAUAUGUUCUUUAUUGAAACACUUGCUGUCGCUCCUACUCGUUUCCGUCCACCUUCCGUUAUGGGUGAUCAAGUAUUUGAAUCCCCUCAAAACGAGUUAUUGUCAGGUAUUCUUAAGGGCUGUCAUUUAGUUCGUGAUUUAUCUGAUGAUCUUCAACGUGCUUCUGAAGAGGACCCAGUGGAUAAGAACAAGGUUGAGCGUGUUCGUAAUAACUUUGUAGAUUCUAUCAUUAACCUCCAACACGCUGUUAACUCCUUUGUUGACUCCACUAAAAAUCCUACACAAGUAGCUCAAGGUAAAUCUUUGCCUCCUGGUAUUCGUCAAGCCUUAGAAAAAAAGGAAGGUUUAUUCAGAAAACAUAUGAUGGGUAAGCGUGUAAACUAUGCUGCUCGUUCUGUUAUUUCUCCUGAUCCUUUUAUUGAAACCUCUGAGAUUGGUGUUCCUCCUGUUUUUGCUACUAAGCUUACUUAUCCUGAGCCAGUGACUCCUUACAAUAUUAAAGAAUUAAGACAGGCCGUUAUCAAUGGUCCUAAUAAAUGGCCUGGUGCUACACAUGUUCAAAAUGAAGAUCAAUCUAUUGAUGUUCUUGCAGAUUUAAGUAUCGAAUCUCGUAUUGCCCUUGCUAACUCCCUUUUGGCUCCUCAAAGCUCUCAUAACGCUCAAACAGGCAAUAAUCCUUAUCCUACUCGUACUCAAACAGUUAAUAAGAAAGUUUUCCGUCAUCUUCGAAAUGGUGAUAUGCUUAUGUUGAAUCGACAACCUACACUUCACAAACCUUCUAUUAUGGCACACAAAGCUCGUAUUUUGCCUGGUGAAAAAACAAUUCGUAUGCAUUAUGCUAAUUGUAAUACCUAUAACGCUGAUUUUGAUGGUGAUGAAAUGAAUAUUCACUUUCCUCAAAAUGAAAUUGCUCGUGCUGAAGCUGCUUUAAUCGCCAAUACCGAUAAUCAAUACUUAGUUCCCACCAGUGGUGAUCCUCUUCGUGGUCUUAUUCAAGAUAAUGUCGAUUCUGGUGUUUGGAUGACAUCUCGUGAUACUUUCUUCACUAAGGAAGAAUACCAACAGCUUUUAUAUGGUUCACUUCGUCCUGAAAUUGAUGGUACUGGUGGUGGUAAGAUCCGUACAGUUCCUCCUGCUAUUUUUAAGCCUCAACCUUUAUGGACUGGUAAGCAAGUUAUCUCUAGUAUCCUUAAGAAUUUAACUUGGGGUAAGGCUCAACUUAACAUGACUUCCAAGAGCAAGGUCCCAGCUAGAUUCUGGGGCCCUAAUGCAAAAGAUGAAGAAAAAGUGAAUGUUAUGGAUGGUGAAUUACUGCAUGGUAUUUUGGAUAAAUCACAAUUUGGUGCAUCCUCCUUUGGUCUAGUUCAUUCUGUCUAUGAAAUUUAUGGUGCUGAGUCUGCUGGUAUGCUUUUGAGUAUUUUGGGACGUCUCUUCAUUAAAUUUGUUCAAAGUCAUGGUUUCACAUGUCGUAUGGACGAUUUAGUUCUUACUAAAGAAGGUGAUAAAUGGCGUAGAGAUUUAUUAGAAAAUGGCAAGAAGCUUGGUGAUGAAGCUCAUUUAGAAUUCCUUGGUUUAACUGAAACUGCCAAGACAGCUAGUCCUGACAUUCUUGAAAGAGAAUUCAAACUUCGUAUGAAUGAAGUUAUUCGUGAUGAUAACAAGUUAGCCGGUCUUGAUAAUGCUAUGAAGGCUAAGGUUAACAAGUUAACUUCAUCCAUUACCCAAAUUUGUCUUCCUAAUGGUUUGGUGCGUCCCUUCCCUAAAAAUGACAUGCAGAUGAUGACUGUUUCUGGUGCUAAAGGUUCUAAUGUUAAUGCUACACAAAUUUCCUGUUUGCUUGGUCAACAAGAACUUGAAGGUCGUCGUGUACCUCUUAUGGUUUCAGGUAGAUCUUUACCCUCUUUCCGUCCUUUUGAUACCAGUGCUCGUGCUGGUGGUUUUGUUACAGGUCGUUUCUUGACAGGUAUUCGUCCACAAGAGUAUUAUUUCCACUGUAUGGCUGGCCGUGAAGGUUUAAUUGAUACUGCUGUAAAAACAUCUCGUUCUGGUUAUUUGCAACGUUGUUUGAUCAAGCAUCUUGAAGGUUUACGUGUACAUUAUGAUCAUACUGUUCGUGAUUCAGAUGGAUCUGUCUUACAAUUCCAUUAUGGUGAAGACUCUUUAGAUGUUAUUAAAGCUAAGCAUAUCAAUCAAUUCAGUUUCUCUGCUCACAACUUUGAAGCUCUCUCUCAAAAAUAUAAUCCUAAGGCUGCCUUGGAAUCCCUUGAAACAAAGGAGGGUGAAUCUUAUGCCAAGAAGGCCCUUAAGAAACCUAACAAGUAUGAUCCUGCUUUGUCUGUCUACAACCCUGGUACACAUCUUGGUGUUGUAUCUGAACGUUUUGCCAUUGCUAUGAAGGACUAUAUUGAGAAAAACCCCGAUAAUAUGCCAUUUGAAAAGAAUACUGAAAUUCCCAAGAACACCGCACGCUAUGCUGGCUUGACCAAGAGUAAAUUCAAGGCUCUUAUGAACUUGAAAUAUCUUCACAGUUUAGUCGAACCUGGUGAAUCUGUUGGUCUUCUUGCUGCCCAAUCCGUUGGUGAACCUUCUACACAAAUGACAUUAAACACUUUCCAUUUUGCUGGUUAUGGUGCCGCUAACGUUACCUUGGGUAUUCCUCGUCUUCGUGAAAUUAUUAUGACUGCUGCUCGUAAGAUUAAGACACCUACCAUGCUAUUACCUCUUCGCCCUGAAACUAGUGCUAAGAAGGCAUCUCAAUUCUGUAAGGCUGCUUCUCGAUUAACGUUAUCCCAACUUGUCGAUAAUGUUGCCGUUACAGAAAGAACAACCGCUAAGACUGCUGCAAAUAACUACCGUAGAACAAAGACAUACUCAAUCCGUUUGAAUCUUUUCAAUGAAAGUGAAUACAAUGAGGAAUAUCGUGUGACUGCCAGAAAAGUCAAAGAGAUUCUUUCUUCUACAUUCUUAAAGAACUUGGAAGAGAUGAUUCGUAAGGAUUUGAAGGAUACCAAGAAGGUCGAUGAUAUCAGCAAGGCACAUAAGAUGACAGGACCUGCUGAUAAUGAUAACGUGAAUGAAGAUUUGGGUGAUGCAGUUGCUCAAGACACCGGAUAUGAUUCUGAUCCUGGUGCUGAAGGUGAUGCUAAAGCUGCUCGUAUUUCAGCGCAGAAUAAAGAACAAGCCUCUUACGAUGAGCCUGAUGAGGAUGAUAUUAUAACUGAUGAAGUUGAUAAAUCUCUUGAAGAUGAAGAAGCAGAAUUUGAAGAAGCAGUAUUAGCCGGUGAAGAUGAUGAAGAUGAAAAUGAAACACCUAAGAAAUCCUCUUCUAAAUCUGACCAGUUUGUAAAAGAUGCUGUUGAGAAGAGUAAAUAUUGUAAGAAGUUUAUCUUUGAUGAUGUAAAUGGAUCCUUCUGUCAAAUCGAUAUGGAAUUCCCUGCUGAUACAAAGAAGAUCUUGAUGGUCAACUUGAUUGAACAAACUUGUGCUCGUGUUGUUGUUCAUGAAAUCAAGGGUAUUCAAACUUGUUUCGAAUAUGUUAAUCCUACUGAAAAUGAUACCGCCAAGCGUCUUCAAACGGAAGGUGUGAACUUAAGAGGCAUGUGGCCAUUUGCUGAUUUAAUUGAUGUUGAUUUUAUUGACACUAAUGAUAUUGCUGCUAUCUUGGAUACAUAUGGUGUUGAAGCAGCUAGAAAUGCUGUUAUUAAGGAAGUAGCUGCUGUCUUUAGUGUUUAUGGUAUCAAGGUCGAUCGUCGUCACUUAACUCUUAUUGCUGAUUAUAUGACCUUUGAAGGUGGCUUCAAGCCAUUCUCUCGUAUAGGUAUUGGCUCUAACGUUUCUCCUUUCCUUAAGAUGAGUUUCGAGUCUACUUGUAAAUUCUUAACAGAAGCUACACUUCAUGGUGAUUAUGAUAGUCUUGAUUCACCAUCAGCUCGUAUUGUUGUGGGUCGUGUUGUUGAAAGUGGUACCGGUUCAUUUGACGUUCUUCAACCUCUUAGUGCUGAAGCUUAAGGGAAACAUUCUUUCGUCCAUCAAUAAAUAUUUUAUGUAUACAAUUUUUUUGUUUUUAUUCAUCACUAUUAACUUAUCCCACUUAUUGCUUUUAUAAUAAAAAAAAAGAAUAGACCUGUUUUUGAUUUCUCCAUAAUACAGUUAAAAUCUGAAUAUAUUUUUCUGUAGUGGCAUAAUCAUUAAAUGUCCGGCAGCACACACUUUUUCUCUUUUCUUACUUUCUUUUCCUUUUUUUUUUAAAAAAAA